AUGGCGGAGGUGGUGUUUCAGUCGGAAAGGCUUCCCAGUGAUGUAUUGGAAUAUGUGUUACUGGAACUGGAUGUGAAAAGUUUAGUGAGGUGUCAAUGUGUAUGCAAAUCAUGGAAGGAAAUAGUAUGUGAGGCUCGAUUUUUGAACAAGCACCGGGAUCGAUCCUCGGUGUUGAAGAGCUAUAACCGCCUCCUCUUCGUUGGGCACUACUACUACUGGCCAGAAACACAUGCCCCUCUGGUGACGUUCACAAUCGUUGAUCCAAAUAUUGAGGAUACCAGGAAGCCACGUUACUUCUCUAAGGUUGUACUAUUAGACAACUGCCCUUAUGUUGCUCAUUACCAAUUGGGAAAAGCACAUGUGACGCUCAACAAGGACGCUGAUCCAAACAUUAAGGGCACCAGAUCAGGUGUAUUUCUCCAUCCUCCAGCUGAACAAUGGAACAGCUUCCCUUGUUAUCGUUCUUAUUGUUGCGAUUUGAUAUGCUUCACGUGUGUUGAGAAUAUUGAGCUGUGCAACCCUAGGACAGGCCAAUUUUACUUGUUGCCCAGACCACCAGGUCCACAAAGGUCUCCACAAAUAUCUUCAAGAUGUGAGAACUUUGAGGAGUUGGUAUUUGGUUAUGAUGCUCAUAAAAGAGAAUACUUGCUUGUGAAUUUGCGCACUUGUGAAGUAGGAAUGAGAGCGCAUAAGCUCUCCUUAGGCAUCAGUGCUGGUGGUGAUAGGCUAACCAUAAAUCCAUCACCUUCGUCCUGGAAACUAAUCAAGGGAGUCUGUCCCCGUCUUGUUCAACAUGGGAUUUUGAUGGGCAAAUAUGUUUAUUGGUUGCUUCACCGGUAUGAUACGGAGGAGUUGCCUAGCCUUGUCAGAGGGGGAAAGGAACUCAUAGUUUCAUUGGACCUUGAGACUGAAAACUUUGGAAUUAUAAACUGCCCCUCCACCCCAUUUUGGGAAUCACAUCCAAACCUUCGUAGCGAAUUCAUCAGUUUAAUCGAUGUGAAAGGCAGCCUUUGCCUCACAGAGGGGGAGGCUAUCUGGCGUACUGGAGUUUUUGAAUUAUGGGCUUGGAAAUUGAUGGAUGAUAAGUCUUCUUGUUCUUGUACUAGUUCUACUUCUACUUCUACUUCAUGGGGUUGGAUGAAAGAGUAUAGCAUCAAGUUGGAGUUUCCAGUCUGCAUCGUGAGCUCUCCCAUAAUUGUACACCCCAAGUCUUCUAGGGAAGGGGAAUUCAUACUGAGGCUAAGGACGCUUGACAGUAUCAACUAUUUUCUCUACCAUCCCGACAAAAAUAGAUUUAGACUGCUGCAGACACCUCCUUCUCUCGCUUUUGGUUGUAGUUAUGAGGCCUCCUUAGGUUUUUAUUGGGAGAGUGGGUUGUCCUUCGAAACAUCCCAUUAG